AUGGCCUCCGUCUUCACGUACGAUCCGGACCCUCCUCGCGUCUCGUCGCCCUGGAUCCAGGCCGAUGAUGCAGACAGCUCGCCGGGCCCCGGGGCGGCAGUGACUCAGACCGGCUUGCUGUCCGAGUAUGGCGUCACGAGGCUGGAAGCAGAGCCGCAGACGGGCCCCAUCGAGUACAAGCUUCAUCUGCUGCUGCGGUCACGGCGGAGCUACGUGUACAUGAGCACCGUGCGCCAGAAACGAGACAAGCUUCAUGCCCAGCCUGGAGACGUCGCGGCGCUGUACUCGGCGUCUCCGACCCCUUCCUCGUCCAACCAGCCUCGCCAGGAGCGUCUCCAGCGCCUCACGACGCAGCUGCUAUGGCGCCUGCAGCAGUCGUCGCCGUAUCAUGCGUCGAGCUCCCGAGAAGUGAGGAUCCCGAAGCUAUCCGACGGCAAGGGAGAUGCCGAGCCGCUGGAUGCACACGGCACCCAAAUGCCGGGUCUUGAAGAGUCGCAGGGCGCUCUAUACGAGAUAGGCGUCGCUGACGAUGGAACGCUCAUCGGACUCAGCAGGGACGAGCUGGACGAGAGUAUUGCUACUCUGAAGAACAUGGCCGCGAGCCUGGGCUGCGGCGUCACGGUGUUGCGGAUGGUGAUUGUGGGCGAAUGUGAAUGGAUCGAUGUCGCAGAACCCGAUGGCAAUGCUGUCCAGAAUCCGAUCCAGGUCACAAAGCAGGACAAACUCUGGGUGGCUGAGGCAUUGAUCACGCCCAAUACAGAAACACAGCGUUCAAAGUCGCUUCAAGGUGUCCAGAGCCGUGGAGGAUCCAGUGGUGGAACUCCUUUGCAAUCAUCCACGUCUGCUACCGCGCCGCCAGGUCAUGCCAAGUCUACGACACCUCAGCUGCGGGUGACACUGACGGGUCCCAUAGCGUCGGGGAAGUCGAGUCUCUUGGGGACGUUGUCGACAGGCACUCUGGAUAAUGGUCGAGGCAAAAGCAGGUUGAGCUUGCUGAAGCAUCGCCAUGAGAUGGCAUCCGGGAUGACCAGCUCCAUCGCGCAGGAGCUCAUCGGAUACAAGGAAAGACUCAUUUUCAGCUUCUCUCACCGCAACAUUGAGUCGUGGCUGGACAUUCAUGACUAUGCGAACAAUGGCCGGCUCGUCUUCAUGUCUGAUUCAGGUGGCCAUCCAAGGUAUCGACAUACAGUCUUCCGCGGGCUGAUGAACUGGGCUCCGCAUUGGAUGGUCCUCUGCAUUGCUGCAGAUGACGCCGAAGUGGCUUAUGACAUGGCUUCUACGGUGACGGACUCGGGAGACGCUGAUCUGGUCAAGGCGCAUUUAGAUCUCUCGCUCAAGCUCGACGUUCCGUUAGCCAUCGUCAUUACCAAGCUGGACCUCGCGUCCAAAGCAAGCUUGCAGAAAACAAUGACCAAGAUACUCGCUGCUAUCAGGGAUGCGAAGCGGAUGCCGAAGCUCCUUCAGCCGGACCAGCAGCCACAAGAUCAGCUGGCUGAAAUUCCACAACCAGACUGGGACAAGGUGCAGGAUUACGUUGAGAGCAUUGCCGAACAGGGACGCCCCCUGAAGCAUGUUCCCAUUGUCUUCACCAGUGUCUUGAAGGGUGUCGGCGUUGGCCUUGUCCAUGCUCUGCUUGCAAGCCUGCCUCUGCCAGAGAUGUCGACCACGACGACGCCGCCGCCGCCGCAGAAUGGUUCCACAGAAACUAGGACACAGCCGGAGCAGCCAAACGAUCUCUUCCAUAUCGAUGACACGUUCAAUCUGCCAAGAUCCUUUGAUGACUCGCUAUCAAACGCGGACGGGGUCAUUGUAUCCGGUCACGUUGGCCUCGGCAGCUUCUCAGUGGGACAGACUGUCGUUGUAGGGCCCUUCUCGACUGGCCACGGCCGUGUCUCCGCCUCUGAAGACCAAUCGUCGCCUGAUGAUCGUGGGUCGCCCAUGCUGGACGCAGUAGCAGCCGGACAUGCAAGUAGCGGCAGGGGGGUGUACGAAACGCCACCUGUCAUUGCUGCAGACGAGUGGCAGAGGGGCCGCAUUGUAAGCAUCCGCAACCUUCGCCUACCUGUGGGCACUUUGGAAGCUGGCCAGGUGGGCACUAUCGGGAUCGUGUUUGAGCAGCUCCAAACCGAACUGAUGCUUCUGAAAACGGAGCCGCCGCAGAUCAGGAGAGGCAUGGUCAUGGCGAUACCGCCUGUCGACGCGCUGGGCAGUCAAGUCGCUCUCCAGGCUGCUCGUGGGUUUACGGCGGAGUUUGACGAGGAUGCCGCGCAGUUCCCUCCAUCGGGUACAACAGUCAAUGUGCUUUUUGCUUGUGUCCGAACUGCUGCCCGGAUCGUUGACGUCUCGACUCAAAGCCGCGGCAGAGCAAAUGAGACAGCUGCGGCGUCUGAUGCCGACAAAAGAGCCGAAGCUGCAGGGCAUCUCUCGGAAGAAAAGCUGACCAAGGUAUCGGUAGAACUGGUUCAUAGUCGCAAGUGGGCUGAGCUGGGGACCUCGGUGAUAAUCAUGGGGAAUGGCAGUCAGGACGCAUCAGGAUUGCAGGGUCUUGUUGGAAAGAUAACGGACGUUGUAACAUGA